AUGAACGCAUUCACGGGCAUGACUGUUGGCAUGAUGGCGUGGGUGCUGAUGCUCGUAGAACUCAAGGCAUACAGUUUCUUGGACAGGACGACCAUGUUGAUAUCCAUCUACUGCGUGACCGUCCUGGGGGCCUCCAUCAUAGGUUUGGCCUUGCUUGGAGGCGGCGUGAAUGCCGCCUCGGACCGCAUAGUAUUCCUGCUCGGCAAGCAUGCCAUGGAGCUGCAUUCGGAGGCCGCCAGGAGACACGACCAGGGCGAAGACGCCGGCGCACCCCCGGGCAUCGCCGAGUUCAUCCAGGCGGUCGCAAACGACGUGGCCGCAGAGAAGCAGUCCAGUCCUGUCCAGUUGCUCGGAAUGUAUUGCGGCACCACCCUCAUUACGACUUUGUAUGUUGUCCCAGCCUUCUGGUUCUCGCGACUGGGCAACAUGUGCGCUGACGAGCCCUCGUUGUGCACGCCUGAAUGGUCUCAGAUGUAG